AUGAUGUGCAAUGGUGAAUUCCUUCAAAAAGAUCCUGAAGAAGCCUUGGAAUAUCUCAAUGAGCUUGUAGAAAAAUAUCAUAUCUGGACUGGUCCAAUUGCUACUGAAAGCACUGACCGAAAACGACCAGCAAGAAUUUACCAACUGAGGGAGGAGGACAUCCUCAAAGCCCAAGUUGAGUCCUUAACAAAUUGGAGAGAUCCCAACCAAGCACAAUCUUCUAGAGGGCAAUGGAGAAAUGAGCACCAGUCUCAACAAUCAAAAACUCAAUCUGCUCCUCAAUACAAUGCUUCACCUCAAAGGAGUUCUCUUGAGAACACCCUCCAUUCAUUCAUGGCGGAGCAAGCCAAAAUAAAUCGCCAAAUGAUGGAAGAAAUCAAGGAAAUGAAAAGUCAAUUUUCAAAACUUACUAGAUCCUUGGCUAUUUCUGAAAGAGGCAAACUUCCUUCUCAGCCUCAAUUCAAUGCACAAGGGCAACAUAUGGCUCAAACAUCUAGCUCUAACAAUCAAAACAUUAAGGAGGCUAAUGCCAUCAUAACUAGAAGUGGUAAAGCUUUGGAAGAUCCACCAAUAGCAGCUACUACAAAAUCUCCACAUGUUGUCCCUGAAAGUGUGCCAUCCAAUGCUUCUAUAAAAGUUCCAUUUCCCCAGGCUCUGAGACCUGCUGGGAAAAUUCCUGAAAAUCAAGGAGAAAUCCUUGAGCACUUGACACAAGUGAAGAUAAAUCUUCAUUUGCUUCACAUCAUCAAACAAGUGCCAGCCUAUGCUAAAAUUAUCAAGGAUCUUUGCACUGUAAAAAGGAAGCAUCAUGUCAAGAAGACUGCUUUCUUGACUGAGCAAGUUAGUGCAUUAAUUGAACAAAAGACACCGCCAAAAUACAAAGAUCCUGGUUGUCCCACCAUUUUCUGUCAAAUUGGGACUCAUGAAUUCAACCAAGCUUUGCUAGACUUAGGAGCGAGUGUCAAUCCCAUGCCUUAUUUUGUCUACUCGCAACUUGGUCUUGGUGAAAUCAAGCCUACUUCUGUUGUCUUACAGUUGGUUGAUCGUUCUAUCAAGAAGCCUCGAGGUAUUGUUGAGGAUGUUCUUGUUCAAGUUGACAAAUUCUAUUACCCCGUUGACUUUCUCAUUCUGGAUACUCAAUCUGUGGUUAACAUGGAGUCAAAAAUUCCUAUCAUACUUGGAAGACCUUUCCUUGCUAUAGCUGUUGACUGCGAAUGGUCUCAUGAAAAUAUCUUUUGGGAAUAUGACUCUAGAGGUCAAUUUUUUUUAUAUGUUGCAAAACAACCACAUGAUGAUGAUGAGUGUUAUCAGACAUUUCUGAUUGACACGCUCAUUGCUGAGGAGAUUCAAUUGCAAAGCAAUUAUGAUAAUCUUGAUGAACUCCUCUCUUUUUCUGAAAGUUCUGGUUUUCAUGAGUCAAUUAAUGAAAUCUCUUGUUACAAAGACUCACAAAAUGGAAGAACCAAGUUUUGGCAACCUCGCUUUGAAGAGUUACCUAGUGAAAGGGAAAAGCCAAAACCUUCUGCUGAAGAGGUUCCCAUUUGUUAA